GCGCCUCCGUCGGAUCUUCUCUUCCUACCGUCACACCCACUGCUCGGUGUUGUGGGUUCGCCCCGUUGAGAAGGGGAGGACCGACGUCUCUCGCGGCAGCAGCGAGUGCUGCAGUGCGAGCGCAGCGGGGGACUCGGAAGCGAGGAGAGAGGGGGGAGAAAAAACACAAGCCCACAUCAGCUGCCUUAUUGCCGAAACUUGGUCUAUGGAGAGAUCUGCAACAGCGCCGUAGCGACGCAGGCCGACAUGGAAGAGUAUUUGCGGAGGGUCCAGAGCAGACUCGGGGCAUCAGAGGGUCCCGUCCAUGCUGUUUUAGGUGGACCUGAGCCAGAUGUUGACACUGUAGCAGCAACACUGUGCUUAGCUCUACACCUCAGCCAGAGAGAAUCAUCAGGUGGAGUGUGUGUGCCGGUGCUGUGUGGCUGCAGAUGUGACACCGUGUUGCCCGAGGAGACGGCGAGGUAUCUGAAGAGGGUGAAGCUUUGUGAGAGCUUGCUGCUUUGGAGAGACGAUGUAGACCUCAUGAGACUACAUCGCGCCAAAAGGCUCUCGCUCACACUGCUGAGAAAUGGACUGCUAGACAGCUCUGAGUGCCGCACUCUGGAGUCCAGCAUCCAGCGAGUGGUCUAUCAUGACGGGCAGCAGGACGCGGGGGAUGAUGGGGCAUUGUCCGCGGUGACGACAGUCACCAAAGAGAUUCUUCAAGAGGCAGCAGAGCACAUCAGAGCAACGCUGGGGGAGAUUCUUGGAGAGGCCCUGCGACUCCAGACAGAAGCCUUUUGGAUGAAACAUGGCCGUCAUUCAGCACAGCUGGAGGAGCUCGUGAAAUCCUUGGAGCAAUGGGGGGAAGUCGCUGUUGGUGAGCACAAUGAAGUGAAGUUACAAGACUUGAUGCAGCAGCUGACUGUGGAGGUAAAGGAGUUUUCGGAUGGAGAGAUGACCGUAGUACUCACUUCGAUGGCUACAGAUAAGGAGGACUGGCAUGAUUAUCUGGAUGUGCUUAAAUCGUUCAGUCACCACCAUAGGUUCGAUGGUAUUGUGGUUCUCUUAUCCAUCAGUGAUUCAGUUCACCAUCCCCGCCAGCAGGUGGCUGUCUACUCAAACAACACAGAUAUCCUGAAACAGAUCUGCUCCGAGCUUGAAGAAUCCUCCAGCUGGUCUCUUUCUGGUGAACUGGAGGCUCUGGAGAGUCUUCAGGUUUAUCAUAUUCCACUGAACACCUCUGCAUCCUCUGGUUGUCCACCACUGCUCGUGGAGGAGAUCCAGGGCAUCCUUAAGGACUUUGUCGACCGGCGUAGUUCUGUUUUAGCCUGCCACCCCAGCAGUAGGACUUCUUCCACAGACGGAGUAGCAGGCAGUGUGGAGUUCUCCCAGGGAUCGUCUGGCAUCAAUGACAUGGAUGGUUCUGAUAUAGAGAGAGCAGAAGGAGGCAAUGGCGACACAGUGGCAAUAGCAAGGGUAAUGGGAGAUGGUGAAGAGGACGCAGGAGGUGCAGGAGUCAAUGUCGGUGGGGAGCUAGUGAGCCCUGACAGCGGAAUGACCACCAUUCGUAGCAGCCGCUCCUCCAAAGAGAGUUCGAUUUUCCUUAGUGAUGACAGUCCGGUGGGUGAGGUGAUAGCUGGUGGUGGUCCAGCAGCAGGGCCAGGAGGACUCUUUCUGAGAAACCCCUCUCCUUUGGGGUUGUUAUCUCUUUCCCCUCCUGUCCCACCAGAGAGGAAGAAACACCGCUCGAGCAGACACAGGAGUGAUAACUUUGACCUGUUUCAUUUUGACCCGCUGCAUAGCAGUGACCAGUCUACGCCAGUAGGAGGAGAAGUGGCAAAUUCUGGAGAAACAGGAUAUGAAGAUGAAAGAAGAGCAGGGAGCUCUAGUCUGUCAGAGCUCGAUGAGCUAAGCUUUCUUGAUUUCUCUGCUCCCAACUCAGUGGGAGGUCUGGAAAGUGGAAAUUGUUCAAUUGAUCGCCGCGGUUCAAGCCAUGGGAACGAGAUGAUUGACACCGUGGUCCCUCCAACCCCGGUCAACAGCCUGGUUGGUAGCCGCCCACCCAGCAGUUGUGGCGUCAGGUUCUUUCCAGAAGAUGUUGUUGAAAGGAUCAAUUGCCUACAGCAUAAAGACAGUGUGUCAUCUUCUUUGUCGGAGACCUGGGAUGAACUGGGCUUUGACACACAAGGAGCAUUGUCCUCAAGUGAUAAUAACAUGUGGAAUAGACCCAAAGAUUCUGAGAGCCCACCUAAUAUUUUAGAAGAAGUUGGAGGCAAAGACUUAGUGGGUAACAUGACAGAAAAGGAAAGCAGACAAGAGAUCUUAAAGUCAGAGAAUUCCCACCACAAAGGGAAAAGUCUUGAACCUCAGCUUAGUUUGAUCACAGAGCAGACUGAAUGCUAUGAAAACUGGAAGGAUGAGUGGAAACCUAUUACUUUGGAUGAUCUCCAACUGACGCCACCAGAGGAAGACUUAACUGGAAGAGGCAAACCUGCUAUUAUUGGAGCACAAGAAAGAGCAGCUUUGGCCACAAAGAAAACAAUCCUGAACACUUUAACACCGGACACAUCUAAAGAAGAGGACGAGGGGGUCCACAGAAAAAAAAGGGAGCAACAGAUGGAGCUUUUAGACUUCUGGACGUACUCUGCACAGAAAGGAUUUCUUAAAUCUGAUAGCGGGACCACCACGUCUUACCCCGAAUCGCUGGAUAUGUGGAAUAUGACAAUCCGGGAUGACAGUUUAUCACCUCUCACAACCCCUGAGAACUUAUCUCAAAACUCUGGUUCUUUCUGUGGACUGAACACCAAUAUCAAGGGUGGAACAUCUGUAGAAAAUCCACUGGGAUACUCAGAUGGUGGAAUGGAGAUGUGGAACACCACCAUACAGGAAGACAGCUCUUCCGCAAUGACGACUCCAGAAGCACCUGAAAAUGGAAAGGACCUUAGUCACAUGGAUUCAGUGGAUGCCACUGACACUGUUGGGACACAUGCCAACAAAAAGGAAGAAGAAGACAAUUUAGAAGAGAAGAGUGAUCCAUGUGAAGCAUUUAAGCAGACGCCUGAAGUUGUGAAAAUAGUCAUCGAGGCUGCAGAGGGCACAAUGCAGAGUGAAGAAACAGAAGGCAUCGAUGUACAAGGUGCUCAGAGUCGCAAGAACUCUGCAGAUGAUGACGAUGACACAUCCACCUAUGAGGGCACUGACGUGUGGCAGUUACCCAUCUGUGGCAUGGUGACCUCCACCUCUGAAUAUGACAACGUAGGAGCAGGUACAUGGAGCCUGGCAUCCUCCCCUGACACCUCUGGCUGCCCUGUAGCAGACAUGAUACAGCUUGAGGAGCAGUCUAGCCCUUUUAUAGCUGUGAGCAAACCCAUUCUGACAGAUCAGAGAGUAGAUAUCACAAAUAAAGAACAGCCAGACGACCAAGUGUUUCUGUUUGAGGCAGCCAGUGAGAUGGGUGGCCGAAGCAGAGAAGGAUCAGAGGAGACUGAGUGGAUAGAGCAACCCAGAGAUCAUUCCCCAUUUCUUCUGGUCAACUGCUCCGCUGGCACUCGGCAAAUUUCACAGUAUCCAGAGGAAGCUGCUGAACCACAAAUCCAGGCUGACCAAACAUUAUUCCCAGCCUAUGUGACGACCAAUGAAGGUGAGCAUGCCACAGAAAGUCAGGUGGGAGCUACAGAUGGGAGCAGAAGACAUGUAGAUGGAAAAACAACAGAAACUGUAUCUCUGAGCUCCAGUCCUGGUGGAGAGAAGGACCUAAUGGAAAACCCAGACAGUGGUUGCACAGAUAGUCCAGAUGAACUUGGCCUAGAAAUGGAAUACAUCAUCGUAUCUGGCACGGUAAAAGAAGCUACAAGAGAGUGCCUUGACAGACCUAAACGGAGUGAAAGGCAAUCAAAGGCAACAAAAAAGUCCCUGGAGACAUUUAGCAUGCUGUCAUAUGCAGCCUCGGUACUGCAACGUCAGGCCCAGGCCGCAAAACAAAAUUAUAACAAAGAAACACUGCCAAGUAAGUUACACCAAGUCAGAGGAACUGACAGUGCUCCCAAUGCAGACCAAAAUCAACCUGUUGAAUCAACUCCCUACGAAGCAACUCGUGAUAGUGCAACUGACUGUCACGUGGUUCCAGAAAUUAUCAGUCCCAGCCAAUCGAAAAAUGACUCGGAAGCUUUUCAUCAGUCUGAUUCAAGACCAACAAGCUCCAGUCAGUCAGAAGGAAAUUAUGACAGUGAGUCAAGCAUUGUGCCCCGCAGUGUGUCUCCAUCAUUAAGAUAUCCAUCAGAUCACUUCUUGAAAACCAGAGAGGAGGUUUAUGUCCACUCACAGAUCUCAAUGGAAGAUUCAGACGAAGGCGGGGAGACGCCACCCGCUCCUUCUCCAUGUCCUGCUUCCUUGGGUGACUUCCAAGUCUGGGGGGCUCAGUUAAGGAGAAAGGACACAUCCCAAACCACGUCGGAGCCACAAUCCCCUGUGCUUACCAACAGUUCGGCCUCUCAUGCCAGCUCUCUGAUUGGCACCCCAGUAAAUGAAACAAGUGUUUGCAUUGACAAAAGACUAGGAUUACCAUUUUCUGGAGAUUUAAUGGAAGAGGAAAAUGACGUUGAGGAGCAGGAUGAGGAAACCAACACACUAGAGAAUGCUGUCCUUCCAAAAUGGACUUCAGAAGUGCAAAGAGAGAGGGAAGAAAGACAAGAGUUUGCAUCUUCAGACCUGCUGAGCUUUAGUGAUGACUUAAUUGGAGGGUCUUCAUUUCAGCAAGCAGGAUUACAAACACAUGAGCCAAAGACAGAUGGGUUUCCACUGAGCAGAGUGGAUUACCGUGAUGGACGACCUAUAAGGACUGAAGAUUGGGAUAAAUGGUCUAUUGGACAACAGCCUGGAAACACUGGAGCUUCACAAGAUAAUUAUUUACCUGAUUUAAGAAGACACCAAGACAUAACAUCACAAGUGUCGUCCCACCCUGCUCAAGAAAAUGCUGCAUACCAGUGGUCCGGACAACAGAACACAACUCAGGGUCAAACCCAGUAUGGCUAUAACUAUCAUCACAUCGAUCAAAGAACUGAAAACCAGUGCACCUAUCCAGCCUUUGUAGAGAGCAAAUCCAGCCGACAGCAGGAUGCCACUGACGUCUAUGCCGAGUUUACAACUGAUGCCACGGCUACAAAAUACAGAUACGAGCAGACUGAGAACUGUUUUGAAGCUGGAGAUAAAUCUCCAAACCACUUGAGUGACACACACUUCAGGUGUCAGGACACAGCUGAAAGUCAGUAUAUAGUUGCCUCCACUUCUUUGUGCACUUCUGACUUCCAAUACUCUCAAUAUCCAGCUAACAGCCAGGGUCAGUAUGAGUCUCAGUCAGACCAUGCUCAUUAUCAGUCUGAAGGGAAGCCUUUCUAUCAAUCAGAUGUCCACACUGAGACAGAGGAUCACGCACGGUAUGUGCUGGAGGGAUAUGUUCAUUUUCCCCUGUCAAGACACUCCCAACAGGAAGUUGGUGCAGCUGGGAUGAUGAUGAAGAUGGCAUCCAAUGAAGACGCUACAGAUGACAAGGAAAACAAAGAAGACCAGCCCUCCUCAGCUGAUAUAUCUGGCGGGUCCAAUCAAAGAAGAAAGCUGGCAGCUCCACCAAUGAACGUGUCCCUGGACCACAGUGAGGGGUCUCUUCUUUCAGAAGACACCCUGGAUACAGAGGAUGACGGCUUGGAUACUGGGGAUGACCUGGAUGUCAACUUAGAUGAGUUGGACACACCUGACGAGGCCGACUCACUGGAACUUAAUAAACAUGGGGACUCAGAGGAGUCCGUUUUGGGUGCCGGAGCGGCAUCAAGAGAUCCAGGCCACAGAGCAGCAGAGGAAAGCAGGCUGUGGAGGAGCGUGGUGAUCGGAGAGCAGGAGCACCGCAUUGAUAUGAAGUGCAUUGAACCCUACAAAAGAGUCAUUUCUCAUGGAGGUUAUUACGCUGAACACAAAGCCAUCAUUGUGUUUGCUGCGUGUUUCCUACCAGAGAGCAACUGUGACAAUUACAAUUAUGUCAUGGAAAACCUUUUUCUAUAUGUGAUAAGUACACUGGAAUUAAUGGUGGCUGAGGAUUACAUAAUUGUAUAUCUAAAUGGUGCCACACCUCGCAGGCGAAUGCCUGGUUUUACCUGGAUGAAAAGGUGCUACCAAAUGAUAGACAGAAGACUGAAGAAAAACCUAAAGAUGUUCAUCAUUGUUCAUCCAUCCUGGUUCAUACGGACUUUGCUAGGAAUUACCAGACCCUUCAUAAGUUCCAAGUUCAGCAGUAAGAUCAAGUAUGUGCAUAGUCUGCAGGAGCUCGGAGAAAUCAUUCCUAUGGAGUAUGUGCAUAUACCUCACAGCAUUGUCAGGUAUGACCAGGAGAGGAGUUUGAACAAAUUUGCAUGCACGAGACUGGACACAGAAUUGCAGGACACAGCAGCAGAGUAAGUGAGUCAACAAGGGGAACUCUGCUGUGUGACGAGAUAAUUGGCUGCUGCCCUUCUUCUCCUCCCCGUGUUAUGCUGUACUUGAGGACAGCAUCUCUGAAUUUGAAGCCAGCCUGUAGUAUAAAACAUGCUGAGCUGUUACAACAACAUGUAACUCAGAGAUGAUGAUGCUGUGGUGUAAUACAUCAGGAAAAAUCUAAUUCAGAUCUGAGGGUUCCGAAUAUACAGUAAUACUGUGGUUGUGGUGCAGAGACUGUACUGUGGGGUGCUGAAGGGAAAUGCUUUAUACUAUAAUACAGUACUCUCAGCACUUCAUUAUGUUCUCCAUUUGUUUUCUUUUACUUCAACUUUUUUGUUUACCAUGCAACUCAUAUUAUAGAUUGCCUUUAAGGGUACUUGUUAUUGGCUUGUAACUUACAUGUAUUAACAACAAUCAUGUAUUGAUAAUUAACUCUGGGUUAUUGUAGUAGCGUAUUUUCAAAAGCCACAGUGAUGUUUUUGAGUAGUACUAGCAUCCCAUCUAAAAAAAGCCACAAAAAUGAGGCGAAGGCACACUAAGCUUACAGGAGAUGUAAUUUACUUUAAAGACAUUUAUUGAAGUAUUUUCAAAUUAAAUUAUGUCACAGUAGGUAAAACGAAGCUAACGCAGCAGUCUGUGUUAGACACUAGAUCUGCGUUCUGGCACGGGAUGCCACUUGCUAAUCAAUAUUCAGUACACAUGAAGUAUUUGUCUUUAUACAUGUAGUCCUAAAAUGAGUAGAAAACAUGAAUUCUGCAUGUUAUUUCAGUUAAUGCUUCAACAUCCCGUCUGUUUGCUAACAUUUUUGUUUGCACACAUAAAUCCCUCCUGUCCACACUGACAGGAAAUAGAAGGGCCAACCCAAUUUGUAAUAGUUUUCAAAGGUCUGGGCCGCUCCAUUUAAAGCAAGGAUUGACAUUAUGUCAACAUCUCAUUUAGCACCUCAGUCAAUCUUUAUAUGAAAUGUUUACAACCCAUGUGUCACUGUGAGAAUAAAGUAGAAGAGCUGUGCUGUAACAGAAGUUGUGUGUUGCAUGCUUUUAGCUUGAAAUUACUCUGACACAUGCACACACACCCAAAAGCGGAGCACUGUGCUGAUACAGUACGUGUGUGUGUGUGUGUGUGUGUGUGUGUGUGUGU